AUGAGCAACUUAGACACAUCCACGGUGGCGGUUUAUGGCCUGGUCGCUGUUCUCCCCUUCGCGGGUGUUUGGUUGGUGAAGAGGCUCAAUCAGAAGAGUCCCGUACCCGCUGUUAUUGGCUCGGGUGGCUGGAUCGAUUCGCUGAAGGCUGCUCACUACUUCGAGGAGCAGCCAAUGGAGGUUAUCCAGACUGGCUACGACGAGCUCAAGGACGGCGUUUUCCGGAUCCCGCGUCGCUGGCGCUGGGACUACGUCGUCACAAGCCCCCAGCGAGUCAAGGAAGUUAGCGCGGCCGCCUCAGAAAUUCUCUCGUUUGAUGAGGGAUCCGGGGAUGCGAUCCAGAUCAAAUACACCAUGGGUACCGAGCUGAUUAAAAACUCGUUCCACACCAUCGCCGUUCGGACGAGUUUGACCCGCAACUUGGGAAAGGUUUUCCCGGAGGUCAGGGACGAAAUCGAGUGCGCAAUGGACGAUGUCUUUGCGCUGCAUGACGACGAUUGGAAGCUCGUCCCGGUUAUACCCGCUAUGAUGAAGGUCGUUUCUCGAACCAGCAAUCGCCUCUUUGUGGGAUUGCCAUUGUGCCGAAACGAAACGUACCUUAACUUGACCGUGAUGAACACCAUUGAGAUCGUUCAACGCGGCGAAAAACUGAGUGCCUGGCCCGAAUUUCUCAAGCCGCUUGUCGCGCCUUUCAUUGUGACCAGAAUGAAACGUUUGCGGGAGAUGCUGGGAUUCGUGGGCUCCAUAAUCGAAGAGCGCAUUGCCAAGGAAGAUGCGCUCGGUCCCAACUACGAAGGCAAACCGAAUGACUUGAUUUCCUGGCUGCUGGAAUCUGCCGGUCCUGAGGGAAGACACCCUGAGCCCAUUGCUGCUCGCAUUCUUGCCCUUAAUAUGGCUGCUAUUCACACCAGUUCGAUGGCGCUCACCCACGCUCUGUUCGAUAUCACUUCGCGCCCGGGAUACCUUGAACCGAUGCGUGAAGAGGCUGAGAACGUGAUCAGGGCGGAAGGCUGGACCAAAUCGGCUCUCAACAGCAUGCACAAGAUCGACAGUUUCAUCAGAGAGACCCAGCGCAUGCAGGGGAACGGACCUGUGGCGAUGAGCCGUAAAGUCAUUCAUCCCGAUGGUUUCACUUUCUCCGACGGUAUCAAAAUCCCUUACGGCUCACUCAUCUUUGUCCCUGGCAAAACCGUUCACUACGAUCCGACUAUUCACAAGGACCCGGAAGUCUUCAAUGGGUUCCGUUACUCCGAUCUUCGGGAGGCUAAGGCCGACAAUCACAGCGUCGAGGAAGGGAUAUUCAACAGCCACAUGGUUACGACCAGCAUUGAGCACCUCGCCUUUGGGCACGGCAGGCACGCCUGCCCCGGCCGGUUCUUCGCUGCUACCGAGAUCAAGGCCAUGUUGGCCCACAUCCUCAUCAACUACGAUAUCAAAGCCGAGGUGCCUGGUGUUCGCCCUGCCAAUGACGACCAUGGAAUGAUUUCGGCGCCGAAUGGGUCCGCGGGGAUCUUUAUUCGCAAACGCCAGUUGUGAUUUUCACUCCUCGCGUGCCCGUGUAUCGAAUUCAGGGUUGACGUCCUCUUACUUACGUACAUCGACCCUUCUUUUAUGUUCCCUUGUCAAUCAUAU